AUGCAAGCCACGCGCUGGAGGGUGGACGACUCAAUCGGUUUCAUCGCCGGGGCGGUCUGUGGGCAUGCCGGUAGCCAAGUUGGCAACAUGGUCGUCAGCCAAUCACUGAACCCAAGCCAUCUACGGUCUUAUUGGCGAGAGUCGCCCCGACAAUCCUUUUCCGAGAUCCCAGAGAAUUCGACAGGCGUCUAUUUCGCCGCGCGGCACCAGUUUGCACCGUUUUUCGAAUACCAAAAUGCUGUCAAGAAGCAUGUCUCAAAAACAGGCAGUCAUCUGACGCCUGCUGUGAGGUUUCCCCGCGUUAGGCUGCCGAGUUUCUGA